ACCAUCAUGACCUACGACCGCUGCGUUGCCAUCUGCAACCCCCUGCACUACGGGACCCUCCUGGGCAGCAGAGCUUGUGCCCACAUGGCAGCAGCUGCCUGGGGCACUGGGUUUCUCACUGCUGUCCUGCACACAGCCAAUACAUUUUCCCUACCCCUCUGCCAAGGCAAUGCCCUGGAUCAGUUUUUCUGUGAAAUCCCCCACAUCCUCAAGCUCUCCUGCUCACAAUCCUACCUCAGGGAAGUUGGGCUUCUUGUGGUCAAUGCUUCAUUGCUCUUUGUGUGUUUUGUUUUCAUCCUUUUCUCCUAAAUGCUGAUCUUGAGGGCCAUGCUGAGGAUCCCCUCUGAGCAGGGACGGCACAAAGCCUUUUCCACGUGCCUCCCCCACCUGACCGUGGUCUCCCUCUUUGUCAGCACCACUUUUUUUGCCUACCUGAAGCCCUCCUCCAUCUCCUCCCCAUUGUUGGAUCUGGUGGUGUCAGUUCUGUUCUCAGCAGUGCCUCCAGCAGUGAACCCUCUCAUCUACAGUAUGAGGAACCAGGAGCUCAAGGAUGCAGUGAGGAAAAUGAUGCUUUUCAGAAGCAGAAAUUGA